UAUAUACAUAACAAUACAUACCAAAGGCAACACCCAAUACUUGGUCUAGCUUUCCUUUGCUCUUUUGAUUCUUUGAGAUCUUUAAAUUCUCUUGUUCUUGUUCUUCUAAAGAUCCUCAUUCACACAAAACCAUGGGUAUCCGUUUGCCUGGGAUGAUUCAAGCUAAGCAAAUCCUCCGAAGAUCUCUUUUGCGUGCAAACCAUUUAGCAACCGAUGUUCCUAAAGGUCACUUAGCAGUUUAUGUGGGUGAGGCACAGAAGAAGAGAUUUGUGGUUCCAGUGUCCUACUUGAACCAGCCAAUAUUUCAAGACUUGCUAAGUCAGUCUGAAGAAGAAUUUGGGUUUGAUCACCCAAUGGGUGGUCUUACAAUUCCAUGCAAAGAAGACACCUUCAUCGAUCUCACUUCUCGUUUGAAUGGCCUGUGCAUGAGAAAAUAGGAAACCGGGAGGGAAA